CCUCUACGGCCUUCAUUUGUUUUGGUGAUCGAGCAAGAGAAUUUAGAUACAUACAGAGAGGAAAAAUGGGGAAGGUUGUCGGUCCAGUUCUAAAGCUUUUCUUCGUAGUUCUGUUCAUGUCAUCAUCAGUGCACAGCAGCAGCAACAUUGAAGAAAAGAGAGAAAGUGAUCAUAGGUUUCAAAAGCUCCUCUGCUCAAAACAGAAGCUGACCCGACUCCAUUUCUACUUUCACGACAUUGUUUCAGGCCAGGCACAGACCACAGUGAUGGUGGUCUCACCAGCCAAGACCGUCAAACCAUCUCCCACCUGGUUCGGGCAAGUCAACAUGUUUGACAACCCGCUAACCAAGGGACCCGAACUCACGUCUAAACUUCUAGGCCAUGCUCAAGGGCUAUAUGGGUACGCGUCCCAGGUAGACAUCAGUCUACUAGUUGCCAUGACCUUCAUUAUCACUAAUGGCAGGCACGACGGUAGCAGCUUUACUGUUUUGGGCCGCAACACAGUGACGGAUUCCACGCGAGAGCUUCCGAUUGUAGGUGGAACUGGCAAAUUUCGAUUAGCACGUGGAUUUGCGACAGCCAAGACGUAUUUUUUUAAUGAUACUGUUGCUAUCGUGGAAUAUAAUAUUGUGGUUAUACAUUAUUGA